AUGGGACUCACUUGCAAUCCUCCCAAGCCUGGAGAUGAAUCGUAUGAAAAGUUUUCAAAGGUAUGCUCCUUAACUGUAGCUUAACCCAGAGAAACUCACACGCCUCGCGUGAUCAUAGUCAGCGCUACUUUAUCGCUUGUGUAAUAUUUUAAACGGGCUCUGUGACGGCUGACUAGUUUAUAUGGUUGAUAUAAUGGCAAUAACGAGUCAUCAUUCCCUUUGGAACUUGAGAACUUAGUACUUAGUUGUGAAUGACAAAAUUAAUAGCGUUGUAUUAUUCUUUUUUUCAGCUUGUCUCUAGUGCUCAGGCUGUAACUCGUUCCAGGUUUUAACUAAAAUGUAACAAUUUGAACCGUAGCUUUUCACCAUACAGAUAAAAGCAGUGAAUAAUACAAUACUUAGUCACGUGACGCCUCUAAUACCCGCCAUGGGAUAGCCGAUUUAACAAAUAAAGCUUGUUAUUUGGGCGUGGCCCAAAUAGAGUAAUGGAAACGGCUUGUUUUGACGCAAAUGUGCAAUAGGCACGCAAUACGUGCUAACGUAAACAAGGCAAGUAAACAAGCGAAGCGAGGCGAAUGUCUGUCAUGCGAACUUCUUGUACAAGGUAAGAGGCAUGUGGGAAAGAAAGCUCUGCUUGCACACGGCACUUAAUCGCACUUUUACGAUCUCAAAAUUUAAUCUGAAUCUUCAGUAUUUUUGCCUCAUCGAAAUUUGGAAGUCUGAAGUCCAGGGAUGAAAUCUAUCAAAAGUAUUUGGAAUAUUAACGUCGGGUUUUGGUCAAAUAUCACAAGCAACGAACCUUGAAACACAGAAACUCAAAAAACGGAUCGAAAUCCACCAAUCACAAACCAUAAACAAUGACCUUUUGAACCCGUUGAAGAAAACUUUCGUUUCCUAAGAGGUCCGCUAAGAUGAUUGACGUCUGACAUUUUUUUGACGAGAGGAUCGAAAUGCACCAAUCAUCGAAAGACAGUUUCAAUUGCAUGUUUCCUAAGAGGUCAUCUGAAUUUGCUCUUUUCUUUAUUUUAUGUCCAUUUUUUGUGAUUGGUCGAUUUUGUUAGGUCGAGUGGAUAAUCCAAUGAGGGACGAUUUGGAUAUCGUUUGAUCGGAAAUUUUUCGAAGCAGCAGUGAGAAGCAGUUUGGAUAACAUUUGGCCGCGGCGUUUCGAGGAACGUGUUAAUAUAUUGUUCAAUCAUGUUAUUCCGGGUUAAACUUACAAAUGCACACACUGUUCGCGGUAGGCCCGCACUAAAAAAUAACACUGAGUGUUUUGGGAAUGGGCUGGUCCGCGAACUCAAAGAAAGACAAAGGAAAUUAUCAAGACAUUCAAUGACAUCAAAGACUCAUGGACCCCAUAGACGUAAUAGCAAAUCGGAAUAUCAGGAGUGUACGUGUAAAAUGGAUAAGAGUUGGAAUAGAGGAAUGUUGAACAAGUUUGAGAGUCGCAAGAUUUGUGUAGCUGGUUAUCAGUGUGACAAUAGUGAUUUUGGUUUUGCAUUGCGGAACACAGUGAGUUGCCUGUGAUAAAAAUCUGUUCCGAUGAAGGAAGAGACGAUUGUCAACAAUUGAAACCAAAAGGGUCUGAGGCUUCUUUUGGAACUACUGUGAUAACUGCAACAAUUCUUCUUCAAUUUUGUUUAGCAGGGUGACGGUUAAUGUACUUGUUUUUGUAUUGCGUGUUGUGUUUUUUCAUACGAUGCUGUGCGUCGGGAUUUUGCAUUAUCAGCAAGUUUUGUGUUAGAGUGUUUUGAUGGCAGCGAGGUGACGACAAGAGAAGGUAAUGAGCUAGGUGUACAGAAGGAAAAUUGUGUUGUGGAGGAAAUAAAAGAAGUUGAAUUGAGUUCUCGUCGUGGGAAAUUUAUUUAUAAAAGAACUUACGAUUUCAUUGCUUUAAAUCAGGUAGUCCAUUAUAUUUUUGGCAUGAAAAAUUACCAUAAAAUCGAGAUUGUAAUUCGAAACUCGCGUUGUUUUCAAAAUUUGCAUAAAUCGGGCGCUGCAAAGAAAUAUUUAGGUUACAAGCGCUUCGAAAUACUAGGGAACUUAAGAUAGAGACGUUUUCGGGGCGACGGCAACUUCAACCGGACGUGACAUCAUCAUUUGUUGGAUAUUGCGCAUGCUCGUGCUCACCACCUUGCCGUCCUGGUCCCGUCGGCGACGUGAAACUGGUCUGUUUGGCGUUGUGGCGAAAACGUGAGUAUUUAACUGUCAUUUCAAUCAGGUUUGUUGCGUUUAGCAACCAACAUUUUGCAGAUUAUCGUUCGUAAAUUGUCCUUGUUUUCUUUGAGGCACAUUUCAAGCUCGAUUUCCAAGCUAUGUUCGCUAAACUUACAUCUUUGAAUGUUACUAUGUUUUCAUUUCACAGGGUCAAGAUCCAACUUGGCAAACAGCCAACCGUAAGUGAGCUUGACAUGGGACAAAAUUUUCCCACGAGCCAAAUAAAGGUAUCCAGACAAAAAAUAUGAACUCCGAUAUUUCAAUUGUGUGUUUUUAGUUCGUUCUUUUCGUUAGAACAUCGUAUAAAUGAAACGCAUUGAAAAUUAUAUAGAAUAGUAGGUAAUACCAUGUACUAACUCGGCGUGGGAAUACUGAAAUAAAGUUGUUGCCGUUGUUGUUGUUGUUGCAUGCAAGUAUUUCCCGGGAAUUAUUUCAAUGCCAAACUAAGAAUACGGUUCCUUGGUAGCAUUUUAAUGUUCCUGUAAUUUGCAAGGCUUCGGCAAGCCUGUGGAGAUCAUUUUUUUUCAACACGAAAUUCUGCCUUGAACUCAGCUGCAUCCCGCAUGUUUUUUAGCGUGAACGGAUCGUAACUGUCCCGAGGAAAAUCGGGAUUUUUGGACUCAUAAUUUUUCCACAAAACGAGAAACUCUUCAUCCGAUACAUGUUGUCUGCAUAGCAAAUAUUUAUUCUCUUAAUUCUUUAUGUGAAGCCAUAUUUUCCUCUUCGGUAUUCUUCUAAUUAAAGGCGCCGUCCUUCUGAGUUCACUGCGAUCUUAAUGUUCUAUUUUUGACGGGGAGCGACGGCUGCCUUAGUUCCAGGCUUUCUCUGCCAGUCCGGUCGCCGUCGCCCCGAAAACGUUUCCAUCUUAAGUUCCCUACUGUACCUUCAGAACGGCUUAGCUUUUACUUGUUGUGCUAUAUCUUUCAAAACUGUCGAUCAAUGCUCGUGGCUGGUUGAAAUCGUCUCUUGUUUGUUUUCAAACGAUUUAAGAUGGAUCGAAUUGACUUUGGAACGUUUAUUAUUGGGCGUAUGGAAAAGCCGGAAUCUGGAAUCCGGACCCGGAAACUGAAACGGAACCGGAACCGGAACUUAAAUUGAGACUGGGGUAAACUGGGAAGCACUAAAACCAGUUCCCAAUAAAAUUCAAGAUGGCGUCCUCUGUUAUCAUUGUUUUGGGAAAUUUUCAGCACAGUGAUCGUGAUACCACAGAUAUACUCACAUUCGGAAAGCGACUUGCAAAAAAAAAGGGUAAGUGCAUCCUACUGUUAUUCCUAGCAGUCAUAAACUGUGACUGCAGCUGUAGGUCGAGCAACUUUCGACAGAUCGAGACUACAACUAAUCAGAAGUCGAUUGACUGCGAAAAACAGCCAUUAUUAGUUUGUGAUGUUUAAGACCGCUGUGUUAUUCAUUUCCUUCUCUUGAGCCUAAGUUACUCUUUUCUUAAAAAAGGCUCCGUGUUUCACCCAUUGUGAGGGAAAGGCAGCAAAGGGAGGAGGAGUACUCAUGUCAAUCAUGAUCCCAAGUUGCAACGCUCACGCGUAUAUGAAAUUCUCGAAGAAAAAUUUUGCACCGUACGCAAAAAGUGGGACAGUAAAAAAUAUAUUAACAAUAGAUAAAUAUAAUGUGGGAAUGAAAAGUCUUGAUCGAGCAAUUAUUGUUAGUGACACUCUCAAGACAGAAACGUCUGCAAUUUUUAUUUGUUCCGGUUCCGGUUCCGUUUCCGUUUCCGGAUUCCGGAUUCGUUCUUUUCCAUACGCCCUUUCUUAUUUUAUCAGCUUCUGGUAUGAACGAAACGUUUUUCUUCUCGGUAAAGUUCACUCAACAAAUUUAGAAAGAUGUACUUGACUUUUCAUAUGUGGAACGAACUGACUUUUUUGUGGAACGAACUGACUAUUUCAUGGAACGAUCUGACUAUUGAUUGGAACGAUCUGACUUGGAACAAUGUCAAGGAUCUGACCAUGGAACGAAAUGACCGGUUACCGUCAUGCCCCUAGCAGACUACCAAUGAACAAAAUAAAAUCUUUGUUACAGAAAACACGGAAAGUGACACUCUUUGUAUGGAAGAGUAUUCGGAAAAAUACACCAUUGUCGUCUGAAAUUCAUUGUUACGUUAAAAGUACAAAAGGUUUACACUUAAACAGGUACAGAAGUAACUGUAACAGUGUGGGGUUUUACUUAAGGGGCACCUCCAAAACUAGUUCGUAAACGAGGGAAGGUGUAUCUGCCGUCCAAGCAUCAGAGCACAGGCAAUUUAGGUGGAAUGAGAUAUCCAAAUAGGCUUCUAAGUAAGAAUUUGCCCCUCUGUACAUGUAAUUAUCCAUUUUAUACUGCUUAAAACAGUUUGAAUCACCGGGUUAAUUUUGGCCAAUUUAAGCUUUGUGCUGAUAUAGAGAAGAAUCCAGGACUUUCAGUUUAUGUAGAUGCUACAAAAACAAUUAAUGCUCCAUACUGUCAAGGAAAUGUUACAGGAUUUGGGGAAAAUGGUGGACAAUGAUGUGUCGCAGUGAGUCUGUGCGCUUUAAUUUACAGUAAGAUAACAAAGAUUAUUUCAGUUGAUAUGACUCAAAUAAUGAUUGUUGGUAUUCAAUUAUAUUCUUGUCUGUCACUGCUUGUAAGACAAUCUAUGUCAAUGUUAACAGAAUUGCCAGGAAUGGUUACAGUGUUUGAGCAAUUUUUCCACCUUGAAUACAGUGACAGUCACACUCACAGGUUACAGCAUUUGAAACACUCUUGGCACUGAACUACAACUCAUUCAUUUUAAUGGUGGCAAUUAUUGGUCUUGGUAUCUACAGCACUGAGGCUGGGGGAUAUAAUGCAUUUGAUUCUCAUGCUAGAGAUAUGUAUCAUAACAGUCAUAGUGAAGGGACAUGUGUAUUGUUGGAAAUACCAUCCAUGCAUAAAUUAGUACAAUAUUUUCAGACUCUACAUAGGAAUGAGGAUAUAUAUGAACUUAAAGGUGUACAUAUUGCCACCUUUGAACCUCAUCUUUUCUCAAGCAAUGUUGAAAAUUGUAGUAUAUCAAAUGUUAAUAGUUACCAAUGUUCCUGUAAACAGUGCUGCCCUAUCACCCCGGGCCAGCUGUCAUCAAAAAGUGAUCUCUUUCAAACUAGUUUUUUAAUUUUUAACCGUUUGAGCUGAGACUUUGCACGAUAAUAGAACUUUGCAUUCCCAACAAUCGUAUGUUUUUGGAUUUUUGAUUUUAACGGUUUUUGGCGCGAAAAUGACGUCAUAAGAUUGACAGCAAAAAGUAGUUUUCGACUUAUGGCGUAAAAAACUGGAACUUUUAAAAGAACUCACAGAGAUGAGCUCAAAUGUGAAAAAAGUAUUUACAAAGCUUAAUUGGUUGAAAAGUUAUUGAGCUGUGAAUUUCGUAUUUUCCGCCAUUUUGUUACUAUUUUUAGAAAUUUGGUGAACUUUAGAAUGUCAUAUCUUCUUAACCAAAUGAGGUUUUCCAAAACUUUUUUCACAUUCAAGGUCUUCUCUGAGUACUCUGUCAAAAUUGCUAACCUGUUAGGGCAUAAGUUGAAACUUAUAUUUUGCUGUCAAUCUUAUGACGUCAUUUUCGCUCCAAAAACCGUUAAAAUCAAAAAUCCAAAAACAUGCGAUUGUUGGGAAAACAAAGUUCUAUUAUCAUGCAAAGUCUCAGCUCAAACGGUUAAAAAUUGAAAAACUAGUUUGAAAGAGAUCACUUUUUGAUGACAGCUGACCCGGCGUGUAUAGCAGUUUAUGCAAUGUGUUACUCUCUUAUUAAUCCUUGUGGAUACUGGACUUAAGGAACUUUAUUUGCCCUUCUUAGUAACCGGAAUACACUGUACAAAGUGAUGGGUGUGAAAACACAUCUGUCAGUAUCAGUGGAGCUGAGAUAAACCUUACUCUCUGGGCUGUAACCACUUAUGUCCUAUGUUGUAAUUUGGCUCCAAGCAUGUCUGCAUUGAAGAUGUGCAUAUUUUCAAACAGUGUCGUGAAGUUACACUAUUUUUGUUGUGGACUGGGACAUACUGUAUAAGCUGUGUGGUUCAGCAAACAAGUGGAGUAAAGGAUUUGUCUUCCCUGGUAAGAUAUGAUGACAGUUUUUUAGCUGCAAUAAGGCAUGUUCAAAGUAUCAUACCCGUAGUACGACUACGCCCAAAUAUACGCUCACACUGCGUCUUGUUCCUCUUACCCUGGGUACCAGAGGUUUUCUUGCGGGUGGCGGGAUCCUUCGGCUCGCGGGCCGAAGCCACGAGUGGUGAUAAAGAUUUGAAAAACCGGAAGCGGCGCGUGAAAAGUCUCUGGCACGCAGGAAAGGGGUUUCCAUUGAUUCUUUUGCCCAAUCAAAACGUGAGAUUCGAGUCUUACGCAAGUAAAGUUUGCCAAGUGCUGGAGUCGCUAAGGGACUAGGUCGAGUUCAUUUGGCAAUCUUCUUAUAAAUGUAUAGACUAGGAGUAAUCGGAGCUUAGGGGAGUGCGUUCGAUGUUUGUUGGGCGUACAGGUAGCAGUUGAAGGGGAAGGGUGGUUGCGAUAUGGAUAAAUAUGAUUAUGGCAUAUUUUGAACUUAAGGGUUGCGUACACUGAAACCUCUAUUUAAACUGUGUAUCAUUAUAAGAAGGUCUUGAAAAGAUAUCGUAUGGUUAGGUGUCAAGUGCUUGUAAUCGGAGGGGACAUUGGCCAGAGUGUGUCGGGCGUGUUAAUAGAACAUUUUGUUUUACUGGCGCGAGUUACAGGGCGCAGUUGCUCAAAGGCUGAUUAGGGCUUAACCCGGGAUUCUUUUUCUUUCUUCAAAAACAUUUCUUCGGACAAUUUUCUCUGUUAUUUUUAGCAGCAUCCAAUCAUCAACUUGUUGACAAAAUGAAUUACAUUGAAUUUACUGUUUUACAAGCUUUUACAUCUGAAAUCAAACUUCGUACUAACCCUGUCAAAGCCUUCAAUGGAAUAUGUGUGCGGCUCAUGUCAAUAACUUUUCCAGUAAUUUGGUCGAGCGUGUUGAUUUCAGUGACUCGAGAGUGGUUUAUAAGUUUUUCCUAAUAAAUAACAUAGAGUUAAAGUGUUCGUUUGUCCGGUGCCGAAAACAUCACAAGUCAUGAUCAAGUGGCGCCGCCGAGCUUCGCAUCUCAGUAGAUUUCAAGUACUUUGUGGCACAACGGCUACGGAGCUACACAACUCGGUAGAUUUACUUUGUGAAACAACGGCCGCCGAGCUACACAACUCGGUAAAUUUACUUUGUGGCACAACGGCCGCCGAACUAAACCCGGUUUGAUGCAUGCAUCAUUAGUCGCAGACAUUUCCCAAAGACAGGAACGAACCAUGCUGGAAAAUAUGAAGGCUUAAUCCAAAGUAAAAUUUAACAGCAAACGUCUAAAAGAUGAACGCCUUGGACGAUUCAGCAAACACAGAUCGAUGUACGCUUUACGAAGAUUCAGCAAACUUUUUAAAAGAUGAACGCUGUACGAAGACAGAAUAUUAGACCUUAGCAAACCUUUGAAAGAUGAACGCCGAGGACACAAGAAUCACCACGAGUUAGCACGUCAAAGUGAGGCAAAAUGUAAGCAAGCGCCCCAAAGCAAGGCAAAUGUGUGUCGACGACGGCGAAAAUGCAAUCUCAAAAAAACCUCCCUUAUUAAUUGCACAGGACACCCAAUAAUGUACAGACCACCCAACACAAAUUAGGGGUUGCGUUCUCGUACAUCGAACGCAAAAAUGAUCUUUGAUUGCGACGCACUAGGGAAAUUGUAUAGAGGUGAUUACCUCCAGUAUUCCCUCUUGCCUAAUGCAUUAUUUUGUGUUUUAUCCGUAUUACAGGAAGUAACAUCCAUCAAGGAUUCUUACAGGAAGAAAGUAAAGAUGACAACGGAGGUCCUUAACUCAAUGGAAAAUGUUAAGUGUAACGAGGUGGCAGGUGCAAUGUAUGCAUUUCCGAGGAUAACACUUCCAAAGAAAGCUAUCGAGGCAGCCAAGGUAUCAUGUCCUGUUUCCGGUCCUGAUUUCUAGAGCCACACUGCAGGAUACUGUCAGUAAUGGAUAUCCUAGGUGUACGGUAAUCCAGAUUAUAAUACUGUCAGUAAUGGAUAUCCUAGGUGUACGGUAAUCCAGAUUAUAAUACUGUCAGUAAUGGAUAUCCUAGGUGUACGGUAAUCCGAAUUCAGGAACCAGGGAAUUUUUUUCUUGUAGACUGAUCCGGAAUCAGUUUCGGAAUUCAGACCCGGUUGUUCAAAAGAUGGAUAGCGCUAUCCACCGGAUAAAUCAUUAUCCAGUGGAUAGGUAUUAGCGAAACCAAUUGCACUAUCCACUGGACAGAGAUUUAUCCUGUGGAUAGCGUUAUCCACCUUUUUAACAGCUGGGGAAUGCUCCAUAUAAGAAGCCCGGAAUCUCGCUAACGAUUAGAAUCUGUAAUCCACGUUUCACUGAAAAGAAAUACGGAACCCAGUCCCUGCCAUCGGGGGUCUACAGCAUAAAAUCCGGAAUCCACAACGUGCGAUCCAGAAGCCAAGAUUCUGGUGGAUGUACCUUCUAUGAGACUAAUGCCAAACCGUUUCCCGCCGUGUCAGUUUUCACAAAAAGGCGUUCUUCGGUUAGCAAAAGUAAAAAAGACGCUAUAGGCUCCCAUCUUAUUCAGGCUGCUGAUAAGGUCCCGCAAAAAUUAAAAUUUCGCUUUCUCAACUUUCCAUAUUGCAUUGCUAAAUUUCAUAUGUCGUAUCGAUCUAGUAACAGUUCCCAGUAAAGGCUUCAUCGAGGGAUUCUUUGAAAUACAGAUAUUCCCCUUACAAGGAAAGUAUGUAUGUGGUCUGUUUGGUGAGCAAAGUGAAAGGAUUUUGGGUGGACAAAAGUAAUGUGUAGAUAUUUUUUUAGGUUACUGAGUUGUUUGUAUUGCCAUUGUUAUUUAGGCCAAGGAAAUGCCCCCAGACGAGUUUUAGCGGAGCUCUGGCGCGCGAAGCGCGCCUGCGGAGCACCAUGGGUAAGAAAAUGUGGUAAACUACCCAUCCAAGAAAAUUUGGUAAUCACGUGACCGUACGCCCGACCGUCCGUCCGCACCACAGGCAUACCAAUGUGAAAUAACUCAAUCAACAGGUAUGGUAACCCAAAUGCAACUCGAGGUUAUUUAGGAGGGAAAUCGCAUAGCCAUCCGCGUCUCUAAAGCAGAGGCAACUAAAGAGUCAAUAAAGACAAAACCGAAAAGCGUAAAUGAGCGGCAGUGAAAAAAAAAAAAGUGAACGAGAACACGUACGACAUUUCCUCCACAAAAAAGUUUCUGGACGUUUCACGUUGUGGUCGUGCAAAACAACGGCAAAGAAAUGUCCAAAAAAAGUGUGUUGCACGUGCAAAGUUGCUUUUUUGCUAAUUAGACCUAUUGUUGUUUUUUCUCCGUUCUCCGGCGUUGCCUUCGCCGCUUAGCAUUACACGAUUUUAUAUUUUGUUUGAACAAACUAUAAAUAUUAUCGAGAGCUUCGCUUUUAGCCGUGGCUAAAUCUAUAUAUUACUGUUGGUAGGCGCUGGAGAAAACUGGAAUUUACAUGAUUCCUGGCCACGUCUUUGAUAUGGCAGGCAGCGGUAACAACUUUUACUAUAGGUAAGAUUUGAAUUAACAAGGGCCAUCAACUUCAAGUCGGAAUUUUGCAGAUUUUAAAAACCUCUCUGUGAUAUCAUUUGCGCCCUUGUGUCACAAGGUUUUCACAGGCUUGUCUAAUAUAUUUAGAUUGAUUAGAUUGACUGCACCUUUAAAUUUGGAAAGAUCGCUCUCCCUAACCUCCCCCCCUUUCCCACCACCACCACCACCACAAAAUAACGGAUCAUUAUAGGUUUCUUGGAAACUGUCCACCUACCCCUCUCCUAAGCCAUCAUUUUGCCCUCAGUGCGAAGUAAGUGUUAAUGUUGGCUUAGGGGAGGGUUAUAGGUGGGCAGUUUCCCAGAAACCUAUAAAAUAAACAGGCAAAGGACACAACAGAAAAGGGUCGUCGACAAAAAUCUCGUAAUACCUUGCAAAUUACCAAUGUUUCUUUUGUUGCUCCUGUAACCAAUCAGAACGCAUUAUUCUCCUCAUCUUGUACGUUCGCGGAACCACCCAUAUAACUAGUUAUAAUCAUUGAUUAUGGAUCCGCGUUCGUCUUAUUCUACUAGCAUGCCAUCUGCACAAAAACGAGACUAAAGGAAACGAAAACGAGACCAAAGGCGUCCAGUUUCCUGCGGCGGGUUGCCCCUGAUAAAAUUAAUAGGGGCCGCUAAUCGGCAGUCGCCCGUGAUAGCUCGACAAAUUCUGCCUUUGUACCACAGCAACACAAAAUUAGGAUGCGUUAUGACGAACGCGAUAAGGGUAUUCACAGAUUGGCCCAUAGCCGGCGUGAUGGGGGCUUAGUGGAGGGCCUGCAACUGGAGUAAAGUUGGUGUUUACAAAUGGAAAGGUUUUCAACCGGGAUUAUACGUUAUGGACCAGAGCUUAAAUUUUCGUAGGAAAAGAGAUCUGUAAGGUGUCCUAAAAGCGACGUUCUGUCAGCGUGUGAAAGUCUGAUGAAAUUGGACAAAGUUUUACCUCCACAUUAUGGGUUAAAAUAAUCCAAAGCUUUUUUUAUUUUCAGGCCCACUAUCUAUAAGAAGGAAAUAAGUUAAAACGGUUUUAUGUUUUGAUCUUUCUUGGUAGGAUCACUAUUCGUCCUUCUGAAGAGACGUUCGCUUCAAUGUUUGAGCCACUAAGAACCUUUCACCAAGAAUUCAUGGCGCAGUUUAAGGACACGAACUGA